GCCCGCCUCUUCCGAAGGAAGCUCUCGUUUCAGGUUCCGGGGCCGCGCAGCUCCGGGGCCUGGGGGUCGCGCGCCCCGCGGCGGGCGGGCCGGCGGGUGGGAUGGAGGAGGCCGGGGCGGCCGUGCCCGCGGCCGGGGAGGCCGAGCUGAACUUGUCUCGCCUCAGCGUGUCCCCGGAGACGCUGGAGUCCGAGCUGGAGUCGCGGGGCGACGAGGAGCGGCGCGGCGCGCGGGAGGCGCUGCUGCGGCUGCUGCUGCCGCACAACCGUCUGGCGUCGCUGCCGCGGGCGCUGGGCGGCGGCUUCCCGCACCUGCAGCUGCUGGACGUGAGCGGCAACGCGCUGACGGCGCUGGGGCCCGAGCUGCUGGCGCUGCGCCGCCUGCGCACGCUGCUCGCCAAGAACAACCGGCUCGGCGGGCCCGGCGCGCUGCCCAAGGGGCUGGCGCGGUCGCCGCUGGCGCGCAGCCUCCAGGUGCUCAACCUCAGCGGCAACUGCUUCCAGGAGCUGCCCGCCCCGGUGCUGGAGCUGCGCGCGCUGCACACCCUCAGCCUCGGGGGCAACCAGCUGCAGACCAUCCCGGCCGAGAUCGAGAACCUGCAGAGUUUAGAAUGUUUAUAUCUUGGAGGAAACUUCAUCAAAGAAAUCCCACCAGAAUUAGCAAAUCUGCCUUCUCUAAAUUACUUAGUAUUAUGUGACAACAGAAUCCAAAGUGUACCUCCUCAGUUUUCACAGUUGCAUUCGCUUCGAUCCCUCAGUCUUCACAAUAACUUGCUGACAUACCUGCCUCGAGAGAUCCUCAGCCUUAUUCAUUUGGAAGAAUUGAGUUUGCGAGGAAAUCCAUUGGUUGUUCGUUUUGUUAGAGAUUUAACCUACAAUCCUCCGACUCUCCUGGAAUUAGCUGCCCGGACUAUUAAAAUUCGAAAUAUUUCCUACACUCCCUGUGAUCUUCCUGGGAAUCUUCUUAGAUACUUGAGUUUAGCCAGCAAUUGCCCAAACCCAAAGUGUGGAGGAGUCUACUUUGACUGCUGUGUCAGACAGAUAAAAUUUGUGGACUUCUGUGGGAAGUACCGCCUCCCCCUGAUGCACUACUUGUGUUCACCAGAAUGCUCUUCGCCUUGCAGUUCUACAUCCCAGAGCGAAUCUGACUCGGAGGACGAAGCUAGUGUUGCCGCACACAGAAUGCAGAAAGUUCUUCUUGGCUGAAGAGUGCAGAGGGGAGUGAAACACUAAAAGACUGAGGAAAGGUUGUUAGAAAAGAAAGUAGACUUUGAGGUUCACUAGGAACAUUAUCUUCAUCUUGAAUGUCCUGUAUCAUCUACCCAUUUAGCAGGAAUGAGUCCAUUUCCAUGUUUGGAUUUUUUAAAUGUAAUUCACUCUGAAUGACCAUUUUAUAUUUGGCUAAUGGUUUGCAAUCUUCACUCAAGUUUUGCAUAACUCCCACAGCAGACUAGAACAUUCUGGAGAGCAGUGCUGUAUUAAACCAUCAGUGGUAACAAUUGAGAUGAAGAAAGAAAUGAUCAAAGCUGUAAUUAUUACCAGAGUUGUUCUUGGGUUUAGGUUGAACACUAUAUAAUAAUAAAAUUACCCCUCUUUCCAUAUAUUGCCCAUAUGUCUAAAUUACAGAGCUAUUCAGAUAAGCUCACAGAUGGUUACAUAGGCCCUAAACCUUCCUGACCCACUAUCUGGUAAAGUAAGGAAUAUAACCUUAUGUGGGAUUUUAAAGCUCUUCCAUUCUGCUCCUUUAUUUUAUAUGAUUAUUACCCUUAGGUAAUCCAGCAAUGACUGUUCCAGUGCCUUAAAUCCUAGCUAGGAUUUGGAAGUUUAUGCAAGUGAUGAUGCCGGAGUGGCCUAUAACCUGUCAUACUAUGCAGAAUGCUGAAAUAUGCUUUAGCAGAACUAGGUAAACAAUUAUAUAUCUGACACCUGAGCUCAUGACCGCUUUACCUUCAUUUUUUGCUUAAACAUGAAGUAAACCCACUUUUACACUUAAUGGGAGGCCACACUCUUGAUCAUUCAGUUUUUGAUUGAAAAAGAUCUGUUAGAUUUCUUUGGACAGAAUAGAGAUUUAUGUAAGCUUCUUUAUAUCUUGCAUAAAGGAGUGGGAAAAUGACUUUAAAAUUUUAACAGUCAGUUAUGACUUUAUUGCCUAUGUGUACUGAACUAUAACUUUCUCUAGAUUUUAAAAAGGCACUAGAAAAACAUCACAACAAACCAAAGAAAAUUUGGGCAGCAGUCAUGUUUGUACACAACAGAACAAUUUUCAAAACCAGUUUAACCAUGGAAUAUUUUAAAAAUAUUUUUUAUAUUGAUAACAAAAUAAGUAUUAGAUAAUCCUUAAAGUAUAGAAGAAAAAUGCUUUUACAGAUUACUUGCUAUUAGAAAUUACCAAAUUUUUAUUAAUCAGCUUAAUAUGCAAUAAAAAUUGAGUAACAGUUCAGUAACAAGUUGGUAUUAUAAAAUAAGAUACACUACACAUACUAGCAAUCUUAGGUCAUUAAUCUAACAUAGCAUGAUGUUUGGAAAUGUUACCUAUACAGUAAUAUGCAGAUCAGAAAUGCAUUGCAAACAGGAGGUGGCCUCCCUCCAUGAAUGGGCACAUCAUUUCUUAAAGUAGAUUUUUUACAGUAAUGAUAUGUAUAUGUAUUAGUUUUUUGUCAUAUGUAGUAUUUUUUUACUUUAGAAGAAAAUAUACUUAGGAUCGUUUAGGGUUUGUCUAUUAUAUGUUAAUUCAUGAAACAACAUGAAAGUUUCAUGACUGCAGUAGUGAAACGCUGCUAUAAAGAAAAUCCCUUCCCCUUGUUAUAAGAUAGUAAGAUUCUUUUUGUCCUUUCGAUUCAGUAACUUUCUAUGUCUAUGGAUGUGAUCUAGUAUAUUUCUACUGCCUAGCAAAGUAUACAUGGCUGAUUACAUCUCACUGUGGAAGUAAUGACAAGUCUUGUUUGCUCCUCCACUUGAACCACAGCAAGUUAUAUACUAUAAACCUAAGAAUAGUGAAGAUGACUUAGGUAGUACCUAAGUGGCAAGCUCAAAAUGUUUUGUAAGUGACUUAGUUUAGAUAUAUAAAAUAUUUUCAUAGAAAAGGAAGAAUGUAUUCAUAGUAACAUACUCAAAUAAAUAGGACCAAAUUUUUCUGGCUUAAAUGCCUCACUUUACUUUCAGAUUCAUUACCAGCUUCACCUAAAUAACAGCUUGAGUAAUCUUCUAAGAGUUAAUCUUUGU